CGCGUGCGCAGUCAGGCAGCGGCGCCCGUGGGGCGGUAACUGCAGCGGGUCCCGCCUGGUCCUGGAUUCCACGAGUCGGACUUGUGCAUCUCCGAGGCAGGCGACCAGUCCGUCGUCCGUCUCCGCGCUGCGGCCGUCGGUUCGUCGCCGAGCGGAGCAGUGCGAGCAGCGGCUAGACGAGCCCACCAUGGCCGCGAAUUACUCCAGCGCUGGCCCCAGGGGAGAGCAUGUCAAAACCACGUCGGAACCCCAGCCCGGCUUCCUGGAGCGGCUGAGCGAGACCUCAGGUGGCAUGUUUGUAGGGCUCAUGACCUUCCUGCUCUCUUUCUACUUAAUCUUCACUAAUGAGGGCCGCGCAUUGAAGACGGCCACUUCGCUGGCAGAGGGGCUGUCGCUCGUGGUGUCUCCCGACAGCAUCCACGUCGUGGCUCCGGAGAAUGAGGGGAGGCUGGUGCACAUCAUCGGGGCCCUGCGGACAUCCAAGCUCCUGUCUGACCCAAACUAUGGGGUCCAUCUUCCAGCCGUGAAGCUGCGGCGGCACGUGGAGAUGUACCAGUGGGUGGAGUCGGAAGAGUCCAGGGAGUACACAGAGGACGGGCAGGUGAAGAAGGAGACAAGGUACUCCUACAACACGGAAUGGAGGUCAGAGAUCGUCAACAGCAAAAACUUUGAUCGAGAGAUUGGCCACAAAAACCCCAGCGCCAUGGCAGUGGAAUCCUUCACCGCAACAGCCCCCUUCGUGCAGAUCGGCAGGUUUUUCCUCUCGGCCGGCCUCAUUGACAAGAUAGACAACUUCAAGCCACUGAGCCUGGCCAAGCUGGAGGACCCCCACGUGGACAUCCUCCGCCGGGGAGACUUCUUCUACCACAGCGAAAACCCCAAGUACCCGGAGGUUGGCGACCUACGCGUCUACUUCUCCUACGCAGGACUGAGCAGCGAUGAUCCGGACCUGGGCCCGGCCCACGUGGUCACUGUGAUCGCCCGGCAGCGGGGUGACCAGCUGGUCCCGUACUCCACCAAGUCCGGGGAGACCUUGCUGCUCCUGCACCAUGGUGACUUCUCGGCAGAGGAAGUGUUUCGUCGGGAACAGAAGAGCAACUCCAUGAAGACGUGGGGCCUGCGGGCGGCAGGCUGGAUGGCCAUGUUCCUGGGCCUCAACCUCAUGACGCGGAUCCUCUACACCCUGGUGGACUGGUUUCCCAUCCUGCGAGAUCUGGUCAACAUUGGCCUGAAGGCCUUUGCGUUCUGCAUGGCCACCACGCUGACCCUGCUGACCGUGGCUGCCGGCUGGCUCUUCCACCGGCCCCUGGCGGCCCUGCUUUUCGGCUGCCUGGCCCUGGUGCCUGUCAUCAUCGCCCGCGCCCGGGUGCCAGCCAAAAAGCUGGCGUGAAGGAAACCUGGCACCAACACCUGUGUGAGCCCCGGGGCCCUGGUCUUCCUCCACCUCUUCCCAGCACCGUGCUGGAGCAGCCAUCUGUACCCCACUCUUCGCGGGUGGCAACUUGCACGUCGGAUCUGGUGCUCGCCAGCUCGCAUCUUCCCUGCCCCUUCUCUUGACAGUAUGCAGCGCUGGUGGCAGGGCCCGCUUCAGAACAGUGACCCCACGUCACGGUCUUGCACACUCUCCCCCCAUCCCCAGAGUGGGUGUGCAGGGCUCGUGUUUCGCUUCACUCAGGCUGUCAGCCCGGACCUGCUAAUAAAGGGCUCUGCCUCAUCA